GAGGCAUGGCAGAGCUUUGCUGCUGAGCAGUGGUCAAGUCACUCUGGACCCGCAAACUUGGACUUGUGUGUGAUUUCAGAGCGCUCGCGCUACCACUUCGAGCGCGACUUUAUGUCGCUCACCAGCGCGAGCCGCAGCUUCGUCUGUGAGUAAGCUCGUUUGCUCUGUGGAAUCUGUUUUUGGGGGCGGUGAGGGGGGACCGUGGACACCAAAAUAGACAAAGAGCGUAUUUUUAGCGUAUUUGAACUACUGCAGAUAGUGACGCGUGCCUCCGUGUUGAUCAGGAGGAUGAGUGUUCAUUCGGCUCUCCUGCCUUUAUUGGUGUUGGGACUCGUAGCGAGCUCGGUGCGCUGCGCUCCUCUGCCCGUGGAGCGACGCUGGGAGACGCUUUACUCGCGCUCAUUGGCUCGGAUUCCCGGGGAGAAGCGAGAAGUCAACCGGGACAGUGACUAUCUAACGGGCAUUAAAAGACUGCGGCGCCUCUACUGCAACGUGGGCAUUGGGUUUCAUCUCCAAGUAUUACCCGACGGUAGGAUUACUGGGGUGCACAACGAAAACCGUUACAGUCUUCUUGAGAUAUCUCCGGUCGAGCGCGGAGUCGUGACACUGUACGGCGUCCGGAGCGAGCUAUUCGUGGCCAUGAACAGCAAAGGGAAGCUCUACGGAUCUGCGCAGUACACCGACGAGUGCAAAUUUAAAGAGACACUCCUGGCAAACAACUAUAACGCGUACGAGUCGAAGGCAUACCCGGGCAUGUACAUAGGACUGAGCAGGACAGGCAAAACAAAAAAAGGAAACCGAGUGUCAACAGCAAUGACUGUAACACAUUUCUUGCCGAGAAUCUAAACGAACAAGGGAAGAAGGCACAUGCAGCCAACACUGGGGAAGAAACCCGGACGAUGCACUUUCUACAACUUUUUACACACGAGGUCAAGUGUAUCGCGUUGUUACGAUUAUCAUCAUCAUCAUCAUCAUCAUCAUCAUUAUUAUUAUAAUUAUCAUGUAUAUUAGCCUAUUUAUAAUCGUUCGUUUUAUAUUUCCUUUUAAACAGCCUCUUUCUAUUUGUGGAAAAAAAACACUUUUUAAUUUAUUUGUUUAUUUAUCCUUUCUGCUGCUACGGAGUGUUUAACACCUGAUAUUCCUACAAUUAACUACAAUAUGGAUUUUUGCACUGUCGUUUUUCUUUUUUAAGGGUUAGGAGAGCAAUGGUGGAAGUUUUGUCCCUCCAAAAGAAAGUGUGAAUUUUUUUUAGGCUACGUAUAUAACCGCAUGUAACACCGCCAAACCACGACUGCGCAUGCGUGGAAACGAGUGCACUUGCAGUCAAGCUACUAUUUUGACCCUCUGUUUUAGCAUGCGUUUUUGGACGUAGCCUUAUAAUGAAGUGCAUGUCAUGUCAGAAAUUAGCAAAAUUAUGAUUUACACCCACAGAAGAACUCAUUAAUAUGACUUGGACACAUCUGUUAUUAUGUAUUGUUAGAAUUCCAAAACUAUGGUCUAUGGGCCUUGAUGCUGCAGCUGGGUGUGGUCUAAUUGAUUUGUGGAGAUGCAUAGGAAAGGCAAAUCGUUCUGAGAAACCCUUACAGCACCUACUCUCUCAGAAAUAAAUGUACCAAGUUUUACUUACUUGUCACAUUUGUAAAUUUAAUUGACCUUCAGAGCAAAGGUACAUCACUCCUUAAGGUCCAGUUGUGUACCUUAAUUCAUGUAGAUAUAAUGACACAUAGUAAUACUGCAAAAGAUGCCUUUUUAUAUUAACACUCCAGCAACAAGCAGAAGUUCAGUUUGGUCCCAUUAUUUUCUGAGACAGAUUUUUAGUAAGCUUUUAUACAGUUUGAUACGAGUAAUUGAACAUGCUCCGAAUCAUAUUCAUGACUUCCAAAGUGGCACAUGUAAAUUGCAGGAUAAGCAUGAACACAGGAAAAGUUUGAAUUUCUUGACUUGUGAAAUUGUACCAACCCCAAUGGUAUUACGCACUGAAGCCAUUGUCCAAUGUCCGAGCUCUGGGGGUCUAACCGAAACAGUAUCGGCUUACUCUAGGCCACUGAAAGUGGGCUGUUGAAGUCCUACACCCCUCAAAUCUGUUUUUAGCUCUGCUCCAAUAGGGUAGGGUAGGGGUGUGGGGAAAAUGUUGGGUGAGGGCUGAACUCUGAACUUAUGCACCGUCAAUCUUUGUCAGCUCUAUAGAGGAUGGUAUA